AAGAAAGCCAUUCUCUUCCCUAUUUGAUUCACACCUCCGCACUCUCUCUAUCACCAAUCCCUUAUAUCCCCCCUCCACUUAGCUGAACAUAAUUCACCACUUCACCAUCAAUUUCCCCUCCAAUUUCCCAUUUAUGAUCCAUUUGGCAUUUCAUCAUAUUUCACCACUUGUCCUACUCCACUUGGAUGAUUUCCUAACGUAUUGUUUUCACAAAUCCUUGUUCUUCAUCAGCUAAUAGUUUGAGUCCAACGAAUUCAGCAACACUAUAGAUAUAUGCUAUAUCUUCCUUUCCCUAUACAUUUUCCUUCCAAAGUAUCUCUAGUUCUCUACAAAUCAACGUGGCACAUUUUUUAGCCUAAGAAAAGCUUUAGCUGCAACUCAAAUUCAAAGUGUAAGCCUUUCUUGUUUUUAUUAGUUUAUCUUCACCAAUGGAAGAGAACUUUAAGUGUGAACAAGUUGGUCUCAUUGAUGAGCUAAUGCAAGGGAAGGAGCUAGCAAAGCAGCUCUGUGACCAUCUUCUAGUCUCAUCAUCAUCAUCAUCUUCUCAUGAAACAAAUGAAGUCCUAAUUGAGAAAAUACUUUCCACCUACGAGAAAGCACUUGCCAUGCUGAAUUGCAAGGCUGAUGUAGGAGAAAGUAAGGCCAAGAAUGGCAGCAUGAUGGAUUCCCAUUGUCCUCUCACAAAUGGUAGCCCCAAAAGUGAGGUCUUGGAGCCUGAGGUUAAGAACAAAAAUGUCUUUAAGAAAAGAAAGACCAUGUCAAAGUUGACAGAACAAGUGAAGGUGCGCUUGGGAACAGCACAUGAAGGAUCCCUGGAUGAUGGCUAUAGCUGGAGAAAAUAUGGACAGAAGGACAUUCUUGGAGCUAAGUUUCCAAGAGGAUAUUACAGAUGCACGUAUAGAAAUGUACAAGGAUGUCUGGCCACAAAGCAGGUGCAGAAGUCAGAUGAAGACCCAAUGAUAUGUGAGAUAACCUACAAAGGAAGGCACACAUGCACCCAAGCAAGUCACUUAAACAAGACAGUGGCACCCCCAUCAAAGAGAAAGGUGAAUUUUUUGGGAGCAAAUAAGCACCAAACCCAUCAAAUUAAGAAUCAAAUACAGCAAGAGAAAAUAGAACAACCACCAGAGACAUUUUUCACUUUUGGAUCCUCAGGCCUUGAAGUUAAAAUAGAGGACAUGGACCACAAGGAGGACAUGUUCCCAUCAUUUUGCUUUUCUUCUCCAUUAAAAGAAGGGUCAGAAAAUGGGGACAACAACAGCCUUUUCUCAUAUACCAUGAUGGAGAACAACUUAAUGGAAAACUUCUCUCCUACAUUCAUAUCUCCAACAAGUUCAGAUAUAGAAUCAAACAUUUUCUACCACUGGGGGAGCACUGGAAUAGGCCAAAGUGUGCAAAGCUCAGAGUCUGAUAUCACUGAUAUAGUUUCAGCACCAACUUCAGUCACCAAUUCUCCAAUAAUGGACCUUGAUUUCUUCGAUAAGAUCGAUUUCGACACAGAUUUCCCUUUGAUCCCCCCGGAACUUUGCACUUGAUAAAUUGUCCCACUGCAAAGUUAACACCAAGUAUAUAAUUUGUAUGCGGAUUAACAGUGAGUUUUGUAGAUCCUGACUACCAGCAUAACCGAGGGAAGGAAGUCUAUAAUAAUCAUAGAUCAUGUCAAUAAAUGAAGACUGUGAAACUUCUCUCUCGUGCUAGUUAAGAGAGUUUUCAUUUACCUAGGCUGAAAUGUGAAAAUAAUUUGUAGGUUGUAGCUUAAUUUAGUCUCUUGUGGUUUCUCACUUCAGUUGUAGUAUUGUCAUUUGUCGUGCUUCAAACAGAACAACAAAUUGUGAAAUAAAUGAAUUUUGUCUAAAAUUAUGGUCAAGAUUUUGAAAAUUGGCCCACGAUCACGAUUUCA